UCAGCUGUCAGUGGUCACAUGACCCGGAAGAUGUGGGGCUUCAUUCCUGUGUUGAACUGCUCUCAGCUGCUGAGCUUCUGUCCUUCGCAGUCCAGACCCUCCGUCGUCCGCAUCGCGACCCCCGACCCCCGGGAGAACUCUCCGCAGCGCACCAUGUCGGCAGACCAAGCUUUUGUGACAUUAGCCACGAACGACAGCUAUGCCAAGGGAGCGAUGGUUCUCGGGCAGUCGUUACGAAAGCACAACACAACCAAGAAACUGGUUGCACUCAUCGGGCCUCACAUUGCAGAACCCUGCAGAGAUGCACUUGACUCCAUUUUCGAUGAGGUGUGUGUGGUGGACGUCGUGGACUCGGGUGAUGUGGCUCACCUGGCCCUGAUGAAGCGUCCAGACCUGGGAGUGACAUUCACCAAACUGCACUGCUGGACUCUCACACACUACAGCAAGUGUGUGUUCAUGGACGCAGACACACUGGUGCUGUCAAAUAUAGAUGAACUCUUCGAGAGGGAGGAGCUCUCUGCUGCACCCGAUCCCGGUUGGCCGGACUGUUUCAACUCCGGGGUUUUUGUCUUCAGACCGUCCAAUGAGACGCACGAGAAGCUGCUCGCGUUCUGUGGUGAAAACGGCAGCUUCGACGGUGGAGAUCAGGGGGUUCUCAACAGUUUCUUUAACACCUGGGCGACGGCAGAUAUUUCUAAACACCUCCCCUUCAUCUACAACCUCAGCAGUGUCUCCAUCUACUCCUACCUGCCAGCUUUCAAAGAAUACGGGCGUAACGCGAAGGUGGUGCACUUCCUGGGCAAGGUGAAGCCGUGGAACUACUCCUUUGACGCUCAGAAGGGCGAGGUCCGAGGCCACGCCCUGUCGGCUGACCAGUGCCAGCUGCACCCUGACUACCUGCUCCUGUGGUGGCAGCUGUACUCCAAGUCUGUGCUGCCUGUGCUGCAGCAGGCCUACGGGGACACGCCCUUCAACAGCGGCUUCACAGAGGAGAGCGGGAACGGUAAGCUUCAGGAGGAUGUGAGCGCACAGCCGGUGGCCUCCGCUCCUCCUCCACAGAAGGUUUCCUCAGAGGUGAGGAAGCAGCGCUGGGAAGCCGGCCAGAUCGACUACAUGGGCGACGACUCCUUCGCCAACAUAGAGCGGAAACUGGACUCCUUCUUGAAGUAGCGGCCGUGGGUGAGGGAGUGCGACGGCCGGAGAGAGAGAACGAGAGAGAGAGAGAGAGAGAGAGCACUGUGUGAAGCUCUGUGGGGGGCGGAGGUAUAACCACUGCUCAGCUCAGUCGCAGAGGCUUGACUAGCAAGUGACUGAACGAACUUUCGGCCUCACUCUCUGCAUCCUGUCAGUGUGUGUGUGUGAAUGACAGAGUUGACCUGUGACACAGUUUCUCGUGCACUCUGUAACAUUCAUUUAUUUCUCUUUAAAGACACGUUUGACAUUUUGGAGAACACGCUUAUUCAAUUUGCGCUCUUGCACAGAGAUGAAUUUAAAAAGAUGAUGCCACCCACAUUUCUUCAUGUUAAAUAUGAAAGAAGCUUAGAAUAAAGACAGAAACCAGGAAAACCUCAGCACUGUGCAUUACUCUAUGAUUUGGUCAAUAUGUGAACCUGAAUUUAACAAAUCAAAUUUCAUAUUUCUAACAUUAACUGACUGUGGGUGACAUCCUCCUGUACUCACAUGUUUUCUAAUCACAGAUGUUUAUUGUCUGCUCAGAAUGACAAACAUUUUCCCACGGGGCCAAACCGAUGAUUAAACCCAGUACAUAUUUCUAUCCCCCGCACAUCUCGGCUCUGUGCGUCUUCUCUGCUGAGCUGCGAUCGACCGAAGCUGCAGCAAGUUUUCAAUUUGAACGUUGCUCUUGACCCUGGCUGACAUUCGUUGCAACUCCAGGCGCAAAUUAAACAUUUAUGAGAUCGUGGCGAUACGUUUGUUGAUGCACUUUACUGCUGAGGGAGGUAAAAACCUGUGGAAACGCCACGUGACCAGAUUACAAAGUUGGGUAUUAAGGAAACAUCCAGAUUCUGUGCAAAGGUAACACCCACCAGCUCUUCUAAACACCCCUGAUACAACUGCUGUUGUAUUUUUUGGUUUAAUUUGUAUAAAAACUGAAAGUGUGUAAAAGACAAGUUGCUGUUUCCUGUGUGGUUAUGCACUAAACUGUUUCUUGGCUGUACACAGCAACUUCCUGUGACUGAUAACAACUGACGGAGGCCAUAAGAUGCAACAUAAGCACUUGUUAAAUGGCAAAUUUUCAUUGAUACACUUAAUUUGGUUUAACCAACGACACACAACUUGUAAGUGAGCUUCAUAGUUGCUGGUUGGUGGAUUUUGUCGCCUUUGGACAGAGCGGUUUCCAGUCACUUAAUUUAUCCUCUCGAUCAAAGAGUCCCCAAAAUGUCAAACUCUUCCUUUAAAGUGUUCUUGUGCAUCCGAUGGAAUCAUAGUCCCGAGUCUUCCAAACCUGUGGAAACUUCCAGCAACAACAGAACAACAGCAAUGGUCCAAGUCUGUCAAUAAAUUUGUUUCUGGAUUUUUACCACAACUCCUGUAAUAAAUCUCUACCUGAACCACUUUGGAGGAAAUAUGCAGCAACUGGCUCACCCUCCUCUUUUCUCAGCCAGUUACAAAGAUCUCACUUCAGUCCGACAGCGUUCACCUCCCCAGGUUACAGAUCCCCGUCUGUGCCUCUCGAUGCUCACCAGCUCCCCGUGACCUCGGCUUCGUAACGUCCGGUAUCGUGUUAGGUUCUCUAGGCCUGUUGUGUUGCGUUUGCAUGGCACAGUGUUUAAAGCAUGGUCGGUGAUGUCGUCAGUUGUUUUAUUUAUGCGUUUGUGUCUCCUGCAUGUUACAUCCCCCACCUCCGUGUGUCUUUGUGCCAUCACCUGGGUUUCAUCACUUCCUGUGUGUCGUAUAACCAGCUGCCUUAUUGCCUCUCACUGUUUACAUGUACUCAUUCACUGUUACUGCUGCUAGUAGCACAACAGACGGACUUUGUUGAGGCCCGGCUUUCCUGUCACCUCCUUUACUCCACGUGUCCUCGUUCACAAAUCUGCUCCAACAAUAAAGAAAAUUCACUCAUUUCUCCUCUGUAUACACCUUCCUUCACGAUGCAGACAAGAUUUAAAGUCCGUAUGUGAUCAUAUUUAUCUUGUUUGAUAAAUCCUGGCCAGCACACUGGUGGAAGUAUAACAUGAUGUAGUCCUGUUCCCCAGCUGUUUACUGACCAUCCCUGUUAAAGCGCUAAUAAAGAAAUGUUAAAAACCUUGA